UCCUCUCUCUCCCGUCCCGUCGACCCGGCCCCUCCGCCUCCUCCCUCCCAUUCCCCCUCUCUCGCCUCGCCUCCUCGUCGUCUUCCUCGCCAACCAGGGCACGGGGGCCUCUCGCUUCUCCCCUCGCCACCUCGGACUCGACCCCGUCCAUGACGGCGCCCCUGAGGGAUCGCGCAGGCAGCGGAUUCGCGCGCGCGGCGGCGUCGUCGUCGCCCUAGAGCGCGCCGCUCCUCCACCACCACCGCCCCCCCCGCGCCGGGCCCGUCCCGUCGCCCCCCCUCCGCCUUCGCCAUGUUCGAGGGCCACGUGCUGUAUUUGCUUCGCAAGUAUUUGGGCGAAUAUGUUGAAGGGCUCUCUGUUGAAACACUCCGGAUAAGUGUUUGGCAAGGUGACGUUGUUCUUAAAGACCUAAAAUUGAAGGCUGAUGCACUGAAUUCUCUUCGGCUUCCAGUAACAGUGAAAGCUGGGUUUGUUGGCACCAUAACUUUAAAGGUUCCAUGGAAAAGCUUGGGUAAAGAGCCAGUUAUUGUUCUUAUUGAUCGUCUGUUUGUUCUUGCUCAUCCUGCCCCUGAUGGACAGACUCUGAAGGAAGAAGAUAGAGAGAAACUUUUUGAAGCAAAACUUCAGCAGAUUGAGGCUGCAGAGGCAGCAACUCUUGAAGCAACAAGUAGGAGCUCGAAAGGAGGACCUGUACCAGGGAGUAAUUCAUGGCUAUACAAUUUAAUAUCAACAAUUAUUGGAAACCUUAAAGUCACCAUCAGCAACGUGCAUAUCAGAUAUGAAGAUUCUGUCAGCAAUUCUGGGCAUCCAUUUGCAUCUGGCUUCACGUUGUCAAGACUUGCAGCCGUUACAGUCGACGAAGACGGUAACGAGACAUUUGAUGCUGGUGUAGCAUUAGAUAAGCUGCGGAAGUCGGUCGAACUGCAUAGGCUAGCCAUCUACCAUGAUUCUGACAGCAGCGCGUGGAAGCUUGCUAAGAAAUGGGAAGAUCUAAAUCCUACUGAAUGGGGCGAGAUAUUUCAAGAUGGCAUUGAUGAUCAUUCUGGCAAUUCUGUUUGGGCAAUGAAUAGGAACUAUUUAGUUUACCCUAUAAAUGGAACUCUUAACUACAAACGACUUGGAAAGCAGGAGAGAGGGGGUCCAGAUAUCCCUUUAGAGAAAGCAUCACUUGUUCUUAGUGAUGUUUCACUAACUGUUACUGAGGCCCAGUAUUAUGAUGGCAUUAAACUGUUGGAAACAUUUUCAAGGUUCAGGACACGUGUUGACGUGUCCCAUUUACGGCCUAUUGUGCCAGUUAAAGUGGAUUGCCGUGCUUGGUGGCGUUAUGCUGUGCUGGCUGGUCUGCGACAGAAAAAAUUAUGCUAUUGGUUCUCAUGGGAGAGAACUAGGCAUCUCUGCCAGCUUCGUCGACGCUAUGUUCACUUGUAUGCCACAUUAUUGCAACAAGCAUCUAAUGUUGAUAUGUCCGAAAUUCGGCAGAUAGAGAAAAUUCUGGACACAAAAGUCAUAAUACUUUGGAGGUUGUUGGGACAUGCUAAAGUUGAGACCGUGAAAUCAAAGGAAAUAUUACAUAAGAAGGGGGCAUCAAAGAGAAGAUGGUGGACUUUUGGAUGGAACUCGGCUGAAUUACCUUCUGAAGAGAAUGCCCUUCUAGAACCGCAGUUAGAUGAGGAGGAGAGAUUAACAAAAGAAGAAUGGCAGGCCAUUAAUAAGCUGUUGAGUUACCAACCAGAAGAUGAUCUGUCUUCCCCCCUUGAAAAAGUCUCCCCGAAUACAACCCGAUUCUUGGUGGAUGUGUCUAUUGGCCAAGCUGCUGCAAGGAUCAUCAAUAUUGACCGGACAGAAAUUUUGUGUGGUAGAUUUGAGAAACUUCAAGUGGUCACGAAAUUGUAUCCCAAGAGUACGCGGUGUGAUGUUACUUUGAGAUAUUGUGGUUUGUCUUCUCCUGAAGGUUCUCUUGCUCAGAGUGUUGUCAGUGAGGGAAAGAGUAAUGCUCUAGAUGUCAGUUUUGUGCGUGCGCCUGUCGGCUUGGACCUGGAUUGGCAGCUCGUGGCAAAGAUAUCACCAUGCCAUGUUACGGUUUUGAAGGGAAGCUAUGAACGGUUUCUAGAGUUCAUUAAACGGAGCAAAGCUGUUAGCCCAACAGUAACCAUGGAAACAGCAACUGCUCUACAGAUGAAGAUAGAGCAGGUCACACGUAGAGCUCAGGAGCAGCUUCAGAUGGUAUUGGAAGAGCAGAGCAGUUUUGGACUUGAUAUUGAUUUGGAUGCACCAAAAGUUAGGAUUCCUUUAAUCACUUGUCAACCUUUGCUGGGGAAUGAACAUUUUGUUCUGGAUUUAGGCCAUUUUACGUUGCAUACAAGGGACGGCACACGUGAAGAGGAAAGACGCAGUUUAUAUUCACGGUUUUAUAUUGCUGGGAGGGAUAUGGCUGCUUUUGUUGUUUGUGAUACAGCUGAAGACAUAUAUUCUGUACCAGAAAAUCAGCGUGUGCUGUCAGGUCCUACUGUUGAUGCUAAUCAGUUUUGUUCUCUUCUAGAUCGUUGUGGAAUGUCAGUGAUAAUUGAUCAGAUCAAAGUUCCACACCCGAGUUAUCCAUCAACUCGUGUUUCUUUUCAAGUGCCGAAUCUGGAUAUUCACUUCUCACCAAAAAGAUACGGCAAGAUUGUUGAACUACUUGGUGUACUUUGCAAGUUGAAGGGAAGUGAUAGUGAAGAUUCUGAUAGCUGUGAAAAUUGUAACCUGGCACCUUGGUAUCCUGCUGAUCUAGCUGGUGAUGCUAGAACAUUGGUUUGGAAGGGUCUUGGUUAUUCGCUAGCUGAAUGGCAUACAAGUUAUGUUGUAUUAUCUGGGAUGUAUCUGUACAUCUUGGAGUCUGAAGUGUCCCAGGAUUACCAAAGGUGUUGUAGCAUGGCUAGCCGUCAAGUAAUUGAGGUUCCAUCAACUAGUGUUGGUGGGUCUCUUUACAGUAUUGCUGUGUGUUCUAGAGGUGUGGACAUGCAGAAGGCGCUGGAAUCAACUAGCACACUGAUAAUUGAAUACCAUAAUGAAAUCGAGAAGGCCAAUUGGAUGAAAGCGCUUGUCCAAGCAACAUAUCAAGCUUCUGCCCCUCCUGAAGUGAACAUACUAGGAGACCCUGUCAGUACAACAGAACCAAGCACUCCAAGGCUGAGCAGCUUGGGAUCAGUGGAUCUUCUUGUGAAUGGUUCUGUGGUUGAAACGAAGCUUUCGCUGUAUGCAAAGUUGGACAGGAAGAAGAAAGAUCCAGAAGAGGUUGUAAUGUUAGAGCUCCUUGGAAGUGGAGGCAAGGUUAAUGUUGUUCAAUCUUCUCGUGGUUUGAGUGUAAAAACAAAACUGCAUUCUUUGAAGAUAAAGGAUGAGCUUCAGGGUCGUCUCUCUAUGUCUUCAAAUUAUCUAGCAUGCUCUGUUAUCAAUGACAAUUUGGAAACUGUAGAUUCUAGUUCACCUGAUGAGGAGGAUCAUCGAAAAUCCUUCUCUGUUGAGGAAGAUUCUUUCAUGGAUGCGCUGACAGAUUUCACUCCUGACCAAAGUCCAAAUCUUCAAGAUUUGGAAAUUCCUUCCAACUCAAUAUUUGAUCCAGAUGGGCAUACUCAAUUAAGUUCGAAAGAUGGUUUAAGCUUUGAUGGGGAUCAGCAGAAAGUGAAGCCUACGGAAGUAUUUUACGAGGCACAAGACAAUAAUAUUAACGAUUUUGUUGUCCUUACAUUUUUGACCAGGACUCCUGAUUCUUGUCUUUAUGAUGGUAUAGAUUCGCAGAUGUGUAUCCGUAUGUCUGCACUGGAAUUCUACUGUAACAGACCAACUCUUGUUGCUCUGAUUGAGUUUGGAUUUGAUCUUAGCAUGGUUAAUUCUGCCCCAAAGGGUGACUCUGAUACAACACCUGCAGUACGCAACGUCAAACCUACAGGGAUGGAAGAUAAUGCUCGCAAUUUUGUUAAAGGUUUGCUAGGCUAUGGAAAACGCCGAACUAUCUUCAACAUGAAGAUGGAUGUGGAUCGGGUAUCUAUGUUUCUUAACAAGGAAGAUGGUUCUCAGCUUGCGAUGUUUGUGCAGGAGAAAUUUCUGUUUGAUCUGAAGGUUCAUCCAGGUUCAUUUUCAAUUGAUGGUAUGCUGGGUAAUAUGAGAUUUUGUGACAUGUCUCUUGGGCCAGAACAUCGUUGGGGUUGGCUAUGUGAUAUACGGAAACCAGGUGUUGAAUCUCUUAUAAAGUUUGCGUUCCAGUCUUACAGCGUUGACGAUGAUGACUAUGAAGGUUACAACUAUAGUCUGAUUGGGCAACUUUCUGCUGUGCGAAUUGUAUUCCUUUAUCGUUUUGUUCAGGAGUUCACCUCUUACUUCAUGGAGCUUGCCACCCCUCACACUGAAGAAGCAAUCAAGUUCAUCGACAAAGUUGGAGGUUUCGAGUGGUUGAUUCAGAAAUAUGAAAUAGAUGGUGCUUCUGCUAUAAAGCUGGAUCUUUCACUUGACACACCCAUAAUUAUUGUUCCAAAGAACUCCCAGAGCAAAGACUAUAUACAACUGGAUCUGGGACAACUGAAAGUUAGGAAUGGUUUUUGCUGGCGUGGAGGUGAAGAGAGUGAUCCUUCUGCUGUACGCCUUGAUAUUCUUCAAGCAGAGAUUAAUGGAAUCAACAUGGCGGUUGGAGUCAAUGGUAUUCUAGGAAAGAGUAUGAUUAGAGAAGGUCAUGGCAUCAAUAUAGAAGUGCGACGUAGCUUGCGGGAUGUUUUCAAAAGGGUCCCGAUGCUCUGCAUGAAAUUUCAGAUAGGGUUGCUCCAUGGUAUCAUGUCAGAUAAGGAAUACAAUGUCAUCACAAGUUGCAUUUCGACAAACCUAUCAGAAGCGCCCAACCUCCCCCCAGGUUUCCGUGAUAAUGUAAAUCGGACAAAAGAUUCAAUUCGUCUACUUGCAGAUAAAGUUAAUCUCAACAACCAUUUGUUACUAUCGCGUACUGUUGUAGUAAUGACUGUGGAUGUCCAGUAUGCAUUGUUUGAGCUUCGCAAUGGUCCAGAUGCUGAGUCACCUCUAGCAGAGCUUGUGCUGGAAGGUUUAUGGGUUUCUUAUAGGACAACUUCACUAUUUGAGAUGGACCUUUAUUUGUCUAUACUAAAAUUCUUGAUCCAUGAUAUCCGUCCAGAUACAAAGUCCGAGAUGCGCCUUAUGCUUGGAUCUUAUUCUGAGACUUCUAAGCUGAGUACUCAGGACCCUUCAUCUGAUGUGGGGGUUUCCAACCUCACCAUGGUGAUAUUGGAUUAUCGAUGGCGUUCUUCCUUUCAGUCAUUUGUUAUAAGAAUUCAGGAACCUCGUGUACUUGUUGUCCUGGAUUUUCUGCUGCCUGUUGUUGAGUUUUUUGUUCCAAAUCUAGGCACAAUAACCGGCCGGGAGGAAAGUCUAGAUCCAAAGAAUGAUCCUCUUAUUAAGUCAGAUGACAUCAUACUUUGUGAGCCUGUUUUCUUCCAGAGAGAGAAUUUUAUUCAACUAUCUCCUGGGAGGCAGCUAAUAGUUGAUGGUUGCGAUAUUGAUGAUUUCACUUACGAUGGCUGUGGAGGCACCAUAUCUUUAUGUGACGAAUAUGACAAGAAGGGCCAGUUAUACUCAGGGACUAUAAUUAUUUUGGGGCGGGGCAAAAAACUUAGAUUCAAAAAUGUUAAGAUUGAGAACGGUGCAUUACUGCGGAGGUGUGUAUAUUUGAAUGCUGGAAGCAGCUACUCAAUUUCUGCUGAAGAUGGCGUUGAAGUUUCAGUAUUAGAAAGUUCUCUAAAUGAUAAUGAAGAUGAUAAUACGCAAAAUGAAGAAUAUAAGAGAAUUAAUGCUCUUCAGCCUGGUGCAGAUACCCCCUCGGCCCAAAUGCUGAAUUUUACAUUUGAGGCUCAGGUUGUAUCCCCAGAAUUUACCUUUUACGACAGUUCAAAGUUAUCAAUUGAUGAUUCCUUGCACAUCGAGAAGCUUCUUCGCGCCAAGAUGGAUUUCAGUUUCAUGUAUGCCUCAAAGGAAAAAGACAUAUGGGCUCGAUCAGUUGUUAAAGACCUUACGAUCGAAGCUGGCUCUGGUCUUCUUGUUCUUGAACCUGUUGAUGUUUCAUGGAAAUAUACUUCUGUCAGUGAAAAGACAAACAUAGUACUUGCAUCUACUGAUGUAUACAUUCAUCUUUCUCUGAGUGUGGCUUCUCUCUUGCUCAAACUGCAAAAUCAAACUCUUGCUGCAUUGCAGUUUGGCAAUAAUAACCCAUUGGUUUCUUGUAUUAACUUUAAGCGAGUUUGGACAUCACCUAAUGGUGAGUUGCCUGGGUACAAUCUCACCUUUUGGAGGCCACAAGCUCCUUCAAAUUAUGUUAUUUUGGGUGAUUGUGUGUCCUCAAGGUGUGUGCCACCUUCUCAGGUUGUGGUUGCUGUAAGUAAUACCUAUGGCCGUGUACGGAAACCUCUUGGAUUUAGGCUUGUUCAUGUAUUACCUGUAUCUCUAGAGCAAAUGAAUUCAUCUCAGGCAGCUGAGGACAAUGAGUGUUCUAUCUGGAUUCCUGUUCCACCACCUGGAUACAUAGCUCUAGGGUGUGUGGUCAAUAUUGGAAGACAACCACCUUCAAAUCACGUAGUGUACUGCCUUCGCUCAGAUCUUGUGACUUCUACAGCUUUUUCUGAUUGUAUCCACACUCUCUCACCUACUCCUGGAGUAACUCCUGGAUUUAGCAUCUGGCGUGUCGACAAUGUGAUUGCUUCCUUCCAUGCACACAAUUCUAUUGAACAACCCACUAGAGUUGAAGCUCUUGAUUUGCACCAUGUUCUUCUCCGGAAUCCCAACUGCUAUAUUGUUAAAGAUUUGAAUGCAGAUUCUUCUGUUCGGAGUAACCAGCCUGCUGAUCAGUUAACUCAUCGCAAGAGUACUUCUGGUUGGGAUGCUGUUAGAAAUUUGUCAAGGCCAAGCAGCUAUUGCAUGUCUACUCCACACUUUGAAAGAAUAUGGUGGGACAAAGGUGGAGAUACAAAAAGACCAUUUUCUAUAUGGCGGCCAAUACCUCGUUUUGGGUUUUCCUCAGUUGGUGAUUGUAUAACUGAAGGGUUUGAACCACCUACUCUUGGUAUUCUUUUUAAGUGCGACAGCGCAAUUGUUUCUGAAAGGCCUACUCAGUUUAAAAAAGUAGCCCAGAUUGAUAGAAAGGGUUCUGAUGAAAUAUUAUUCUUCUGGUAUCCAGUGCCGCCUCCUGGAUAUGCUUCUCUUGGAUGUGUUGCAACAAAAACAGAUGAAAUGCCAAGCAAUGAUUCCGUUUGCUGUCCGAAGAUGGGUCUGGUGAAUCAUGCAAAUAUCUUAGAGGAUCCUAUAUCCAGGUCCUCUAGCUCGAAGGGACCUAACUGCUGGAGCAUUUGGAAAGUUUCAAACCAGGGCUGCACUUUCCUGGCAACAUCUGAUACGAAAAAACCACCAGCUCAAAUGGCAUACAGAAUAGCAGACCAUGCUAAACCAAAGGUGCGGGAAAAUAUUACUGCUGAGCUGAAGUUUGGAUGCUUGUCAGUCAGCAUUCUUGACAGUUCCUGUGGAAUGGUCACGCCAAUUUUUGACACUACAAUCGCAAAUAUAAAUCUUGCAACACAUGGAAAAUUUGAGACAAUGAAUGCUGUAUUGAUCUGUUCGAUUUCUGCAUCAACAUUCAAUAGACACCUGGAAGCAUGGGAACCUUUUGUUGAGCCAUUUGAUGGGAUAUUCAAGUUUGAGACAUAUGAUACCAGUAAACACCCUCCUUCAAAAGUCGGUAAGAGGAUUCGUGUUGCUGCCACAAGUCCUCUAAAUGUCAACCUGAGUUCUGCAAAUCUUGAUUUGCUUAUAGAAACUUUAAUUUCAUGGAAAAGACAAAUCGAUCUGGAAAAAAAAUCAUCAAUAAAGAAUGAGGAUACAGUUGACAGUGUGAAAAAUGCUGAUGAUUUGUCCUGCUCUGCUUUGGAUGAAGAUGAUUUUCAGAGAAUAGUUUUUGAGAACAAAUUAGGAUGUGAUAUUUAUGUUAAGAAACUUGAAGACAAUGAAGACAUUAUUGAGCUGCUACAGCAUGAGAAUCAAGUCUCAUUGUUUAUGCCACCUCCCAGGUUUUCUGAUAAACUAAGUGUACUGUCCAAUUCUACGGAAUCAAGAUAUUAUGUUAUCAUACAGAUCUUUGAAUCCAAGGGUUUGCCUAUUAUGGAUGAUGGCAAUGAUCACAGCUACUUCUGUGCUUUGCGCUUGCUUGUUGGAAGUGAUGUUUCUGACCAGUACAAGAUAUUCCCUCAGAGUGCCAGGACAAGAUGUGUAAAACCUUUGAAAACUUGUGAAUCACAGACACAUCAUGCUAAGUGGAAUGAACAUUUUAUAUUUGAAGUGCCAGAGCAGGCAUCCGCUCAUUUAGAGAUUGAGGUAACAAAUCUUGCAUCAAAGGCUGGGAAAGGUGAAGUACUUGGUUCAUUGUCAAUUCCUAUUGGACGGGGUGCAACAAUAUUGAAACGAGCUGCUUCUAUGAGGAUCAUUCAGCAAGCUGCUGAUGUCAAGCGUGUGCUAACAUGUCCUCUUACAAGGAAGGGCCAAGCACUCAAUCAUGAAAAUGUGAAACACUGUGGUAUGUUAGUACUUUCAAGUUGUUACGUAGAAAGAUCUACGCAGACGAACUUCCAGAGCUGGAAAGACAGCUUAAGCAAUGCAAAGAGUGGUUUCUGGAUAGGGCUUGGCCCAGAUGGUCCAUGGGAAUGUUUUACUGCAGCUUUGCCAUUGUCAACCAUCCCCAAAUCACUUAACAACAGCCAUUUUGCACUUGAGGUCACCAUGAGGAAUGGAAAGAAACAUGCAAGCUUAAGGGCUCUUGCUAUUAUUGCAAAUGGUUUUGACAUAAAGCUUGAAGUAUCUGUCUGUCCUGUAACCAUGCAUAGUAGCUCUGUGUCAAAUGCUGGUUCCACCAGUUCCACAAGCAUUAUUGAUGAAGUAUUUGAAAAUCAGUGGUACCGACCAACUUCAGGGUGGGGAAGUAACCCUGCUAGUGAUCAGGGUUGUGAUGUAGGGCCAUGGAGCACAAAGGACGGCUCUUACUCAUCUAAGGCAUUCUUUGAACCUCGUCUUCCACCUGGCUGGAAAUGGACGUCACCAUGGAAAAUUGAAAUAUCUAGUUCCGUGGAUAGUGAUGGAUGGGCGUAUGCUGCCAAUUUUCAAAAUUUGAACUGGCCAUCUUCCUGGAAAUCUUCCAAAUCACCACAUGACUUUGUUAGGCGAAGGCGGUGGGUGCGUUCACGGCAGUCAAUGCAAGAACAAAGUGCAGAAAUUCCUAGGAAAAUAAUUGCUGUUAUGGAGCCUCAUGCAUCUACUGCAUUGCCUUGGACAGCGAUGAUCAAGGAUAUGGAUUUGUGCUUGCAAGUUCGCCCUUUUUCUGAAAAAUCACAGGAAUCAUAUAGUUGGAGUCAGGUUCUUUCACUAGGUUCUGAGAGCAUUCCCAAGCAACAACAAUCUUCACUUUCAAGGCAAAGCACCUUAAAGCAGUCAUCUGUGCCCUCAAAGAAUUCAGUUCUUAGACUGGCUGAUCUUGAGAAAAAGGAUAUGCUUUCAUAUUGCUGUCCUCCUGUUGGCAUUAAACAAAAUUUCUGGCUUAGUGUUGGAAUUGAUGCUUCCAUUCUUCACACAGACUUAAAUAUGCCUAUUUAUGACUGGAAAAUUUGUUUCAACUCAAUUCUUAGACUCGAAAAUAAGCUUCCAUAUGAAGCCGAGUAUGCUAUCUGGGAGAAGUCCACGGAAGGUAGUAUGGUUGAAAGGCAGCAUGGUAUUGUCUCGUCUGGUGGAAGUGCAUUUAUCUAUUCAGCAGAUAUCCGGAAACCAAUUUACCUAACUAUGUUUGUCCAAAAUGGCUGGAUUAUAGAGAAGGACACUGUAUUAAUACUGGACUUAAUGUCCCUGGAACAUGUUACUUCAUUCUGGAUGGUUCAAAAUAGGAGCCAGAGGAGACUUCGUGUUAGUGUUGAACAUGAUCUGGGAGCAAGUGAUGCUGCACCGAAGACACUGAGAUUAUUUGUUCCAUAUUGGAUAAAAAAUAUUUCUUCAAUUCCACUAUCAUAUCGCAUCGUUGAGGUGGAACCAACAGAAAACUCAGAUGCAGAGUCACUUAGCAGACCAGACUCACUAAGCAGAGCAGCUAAAUCUUCAAAAUUUUCCCUCAGAUAUUCUUCAAAAUCUCUUAUCAGAAGAGGCCCAGUGGCACAGAGAAAUAUGCACAUAUUGGAGGUUAUAGAAGAUUGUAGUACAGACUAUGUAAUGUUGUCGCCACAGGAUUACAUGAACCGCUCUGCAGGUGUGCGCUUUGAAUCUCGGGAUAACAAUUCCAGCCCAGCACGAGUUGCGAUUUGUGUGGCUGUUGGCAGUUGCAAACAAUACAGUAUAGGAGUGUCCCUUUUUGAUCUUGAGAACAAGGAGCAUGUUGAUGUCAAAGCAUUUACUUCUGAUGGGUCAUAUUACUGGUUCUCGGCUCAGCUGAAGAUGACUUCAGACAGAACUAAGGUUAUAAAUUUUCUCCCACGAGCACUUUUUAUCAAUAGAAUUGGAAGAAGUAUUAUCCUAUCUGAGUAUCAUAGUGAGACUGAAGAGCAUUUACAUCCAAGUAGUCCUCCUCAAGCGUUUCAAUGGCGAUCAGAAUUUGGGAACGAACUUUUAAAGUUGCGGUUGGAGGGAUACAAAUGGAGUACACCUUUUAGCAUUGAUGCUAAUGGGGUUAUGUGUGUGCUCAUGAACAACACUACAGGAAAUGAUCAAGCUUUGGUGAGAGUAAACGUUAGAAGUGGAACAAAAUGUUCACGUUAUGAAGUUGUAUUUCAGCUCGCUUGCUGGUCCAGCCCUUACAGGGUAGAGAACCGCUCCAUGUUCUUGCCUGUACGGUUUCGGCAGGUUGGUGGUGAUGAUUAUUCAUGGCGUAGUCUGCCUCCAAAUUCAUCGGCUUCCUUCUUUUGGGAGGAUAUUGGCAGAAGGCGUCUUUUGGAAGUAUUAGUAGAUGGAAGUGACCCUACAACCUCCAUGACAUAUGACAUUGAUGUUGUCAUGGAUCACCAACCGCUAGCUGCAUCAAGCAGGGUGAAGAAGGCUUUGCGUGUCACUGUUCUUAAGGAGGGAAAGUUUCAUGUUACCCAAAUUAAUGAUUGGCUGCCUGAUAAUAGAACUCGGGAACAGACAACAGAAAGGCUAUUAUCACCAAUAUUUCAGCCAUCAGAGGUCGACAGUGGGCAGUCAUCUCCAGAUCUGGAUAGUGAAUUUCAUGUUACUUUGGAGCUAACAGAGUUUGGACUUUCCAUAAUUGACCAUAUGCCUGAGGAAAUUCUUUUCCUCUCAGUGCAGCAACUAUUACUAGCCUACUCAUCUGGAAUGGGCUCUGGAAUCAAUAGGCUCAAAAUGCAGAUGCAUUGGAUUCAAGUGGACAAUCAGUUACCUUUCGUUCUUAUGCCUGUCCUUUUUUGUCCUCAAAGGAUGGAGAAUCAAUCAGACUACAUCAUCAAGUUCUCUAUGACAUUGCAGACCAAUAAUUCUCUCGAAUUUUGUGUUUAUCCAUAUCUUGGUGUGCAGGUUCCUGAGAACUGUGUGUUUUUUGUUAAUAUCCAUGAGCCAAUUAUUUGGCGCCUCCAUGAGAUGAUUCAGAACCUAAAAUUUGAUAGGAUAUCCAGUUCAGAGUCUUCUGCUGUCUCAGUUGACCCUAUACUGAAGAUUGGGCUUCUUAAUAUUUCUGAAAUACGAUUUAGAGUCUCAAUGGCAAUGUCCCCUACCCAGAGGCCGAGAGGGGUUCUUGGGUUCUGGUCUUCCUUAAUGACGGCACUGGGAAACAUGGAGCACAUGCCGGUCCGCAUAGCUCAAAGGUAUCGGGAAGAAUUGUGCAUGAGACAAAGUGCACUAAUGAGUUCUGCUAUGUCUAACAUUCAGAAAGAUAUUCUCAGCCAACCUCUUCAAUUACUUUCGGGUGUUGACAUUCUUGGCAAUGCAAGUAGCGCUUUGAGUAAUAUGAGUAAGGGUAUAGCAGCAUUAUCCAUGGACAAGAAAUUCAUUCAGGGCCGAAUGAGACAGGAUAGCAAAGGAGUGGAAGACUUUGGUGAUGUCAUACGAGAUGGAGGUGGGGCUCUCGCAAAGGGCAUCUUCAGAGGUGUUACAGGCAUAUUGACAAAGCCCAUUGAGGGUGCAAAAUCUUCUGGUGUUGAGGGCUUUGUGCAAGGUGUCGGAAAAGGUUUAAUUGGUGCAGCCGCUCAGCCAGUGAGUGGAGUUCUUGAUCUUUUGUCGAAAACUACAGAAGGUGCAAAUGCUGUGAAAAUGAAAAUAUCAUCAGCUAUAAUGGCUGAGGAGCAGUUGGCUCGUAGGCGUCUCCCUCGAGCCAUUGGUGGUGAUAGCUUGCUCUAUCCUUAUGACGACCAUAAAGCAGCUGGCCAGGCUAUCUUACAAUUAGCUGAAUAUGCUACAUUUCUUGGCCAAGUUGACCUUUUCAAAGUCCGGGGAAAGUUUGCAUCUACUGAUGCUUAUGAGGAUCAUUUUAUGCUACCUAAGGGUAAAAUUCUUUUAAUUACUCACAGAAGAGUACUACUGCUUCAGGUCCCAAUGAUGACCCAGAGAAAGUUCAGUCCUGCAAAGGAUCCGUGCUCUGUAAUCUGGGAUGUAUUGUGGGAUGAUUUGGUGACUGUAGAAAUGACCCAUGGGAAAAAGGAUGCUCCAGGAUCCUUACCUUCAAAGCUUAUUUUGUACCUGAAAGCUAAGCCCACAAAUUCUAGGGAGGUUGUUCGGUUGGUCAAGUGUAAUCGUGGGUCUGAUCAAGCUACACUGAUUUACUCAUCAAUUGACGGAGCGUAUAAGGCCUAUGGUCCAAAAUCAACAAAGGAAUUGCUGAGAUGGAAGGUACCAAGACCAUAUGCCCCUCGCAACACUAGUGGUCGUACCGUUCAGGACUUAUCAUAUGGUUAGAUGACAAAUGCUCUCAUCAAAGGAUCGACACUAGAUACACUUGCAUGAUGAUGUCUCAGAAAAUUAUUUUUGAAUUAAUAUUUGCGCUUGAGCAUGAUACAAGCAAUGCCGUGCUACUCUUCGACUGCAGAGGUGUUGUCAGGUUCAUGCUCACCUUGACUAGUUGGCAGUCAAGAGAGCCGAUUUGUUUGUAUGGAUAUUUCAGAACGUGAAGGCACAUACCAGUGCAUUGCAUAUAUAACUUUUUAGGCGGACCCAAUUCGGUGUUGUAAAUUUUUGUGUUAUAUGUGAAAUUUUGGGAUAUAGCAGUCUUAGUCAUAAUGCAACAAGAGCUUUAUUUGUAGAUAUAUUUUAUAUAUGUAUAAUGCAAGUGGGCGGUCCAAUUUACAUGGCCAGCAAGGCCAUUUCUUUACCCCAAGCAA